CAGACUCCAUUUAGCAGCAGAGCAGAGUCUGGAUCAGGACAGUUACUGGACCUGGAUCACUGGGACUGACUGGUUCUGGUUUCUCUCUCAAGACGUCAAGAAGAUGGAAGAUCUGGAUCUAAAGAAGAACAGAGCAGAACCUCCAGGAUCCAUCUGUCCGUCCAUGAGGAGUGACCGGUCCAAAGACGCUCCUCCAGACAUCAGUACCGAAUCUGGACCAUCAGACUCAGAAGGGCAGAACCACAGAUGGAGAGCAGAACCUCAAGGAUCCAUCAGUCCGUCCAUGAGGAGUGAUGUGUACAAAAGAAAACCUCCAGUCUUCAGUGAUGAACCUGGACCAUCAGAACCAGAGGUGAACCCCAGCUCUCGCCUGAUUACUGCUGAACACCAGUCCCUCCAUGACCCUGCAAAGAUAAGAAGUGAUGAACGAUGGAGGGAUGGAUGGAAGAAAGAUCUUCCUGGAUGCAUAGAGAGGAGCAGCUGUGCUCCAGGCCAGAAGAUGAAAGAUCAGGACAGAGCAGAACCUCCAGGACCCAUCAGUCCAUCUAUGAGGAGUGACCGGUCCAAAGGUCUUCCUCCAUGGUUCAGUAAUGAACCUGAACCAUCAGACAGAAAGAGAAGCUUUGGUGAGGAGGAGCAUCCAUCCUGCUGUGCUUUGGGUCAGAAUGUUCUGAUGGAUCCGGUCUGUACCAGCUGCCCCCAGUGUGGGAAACGACCCAGAACAGGAUCUGGACGGCUGACAGCCAAUCAGAGCAGCUGUGCUCCAGAACAGUUACUGGAACCGGAUCACUGGACUGACUGGUUCUGGUUUCUCUCUCCAAAAGGCCAGAAGAUGAAAGAUCAGGACAGAGCAGAACCUCCAGGACCCAUCAGUCCAUCUAUGAGGAGUGACUGGUCCAAAGGUGAUCCUCCAGACUUCAGUAAUGAACCUGAACCAUCAGACAGAAAGAGCAGCUUUGGUGAGGAGGAGCAUCCAUCCUGCUGUGCUUUGUGUCAGAAUGUUCUGAUGGAUCCGGUCGGUACCAGCUGCCCCCAGUAUGGGAAACGACCCAGAACAGGAUCUGGACGGCUGACAGCCAAUCAGAGCAGCUGUGCUCCAGAUUUUGAUAUUCGGUGUCAGAGUGACCAUAAAGCGUCUCUGAAGAAGAAGUUCCAGAGUCUCUCUGAAGGCGUCGCUGAAGCUGGAAAUCAAACCGUUCUGAACCAGAUCUACACAGAGCUCCACAUCACAGAGGGGUUAACUAGAGAGGUCAACCAGGAACAUGAGGUCAGACACAUUGAAACAGCAUCCAGGAAACAAGAAACAAUCAGAAGAGAAGACAUCUUUAAAGUCCCACCUGGAAGAGAUCAACCAAUCAGAACAGUGAUGACCAUGGGAGUGGCUGGCAUUGGGAAAACACUGUUAACACAGAAGUUCACUCUGGACUGGGCUGAAGGCAAAACCAACCAGAACAUUGAUUUCAUAUUUCCAUUCACUUUCAGAGAGCUGAAUAUGUUGAAAAAAGAAAAGUUCAGCUUAUUAGGACUGAUUCAUAAAUUAUUUUCUAAAACCAAAGAAAUCAGCAGCUUUGAAACGUUCCAGGUUCUGUUCAUCUUUGAUGGUCUGGAUGAAAGUCGAUUUACUCUGGAUUUCAAGAACAAUCCGAUCCUGACUGAUGUUACAGAGUCCAGCUCAGUGGAUGUUCUGGUGACAAACCUCAUCAGGAGGAAACUGCUUCCCUCUGCUCUCCUCUGGAUAACCACACGACCUGCAGCAGCCAAUCAGAUCCCUGCCGAGUGUGUCGACAUGGCAACAGAGGUCAGAGGGUUCACUGACCCCCAGAAGGAGGAGUACUUCAGGAAGAGAUUCAGAGAUGAUGAAGAGAAGGCCAGCAGGAUCAUCUCCCACAUCCAGAAAUCAAAAAGUCUCCACAUCAUGUGUCACAUCCCAGUUUUCUGCUGGAUCACUGCUAAAGUUCUGGAGGAUGUGAUGAAGACCAGAGAGGGAGAAAAACUGCCAAAGACUCUGACUGAGAUGUACAUAGCAUUCCUGGAGGUUAACUUCGCAAUCAAGAAGGAAAAGUAUGAUGGAGGAAAAAAGACAAGAUCAAUCUGGAGUCCAGAGAACAAGAAGCUGAUUGAGUCUCUAGGAAAACUGGCUUUUGAGCAGCUGCUGGAGGGAAACCUGAUCUUCUAUGACGAAGAGCUCAAAAAGUGCGGCAUCAACAUCAAAGAUGCUGCGUUGUUCUCAGGAGUGUUCACUGAAAUGUUUAAAAGAGAGAGAGGGACGUGCGACAUCUCCGUCUACUCCUUUGUUCAUCUGAGCAUCCAGGAGUUUCUGGCUGCAGUCUACAUGCUCCACUGUUUCACCAGCAGGAAGUCAGAGGUGAUCAAGACGUUUCUGGGAGAAGAAUACAGAGAAACAUCUCUAGAUGAGUUCAUGAAGAAAGUCAUGGAGAAAUCCCUCAGCAGUAAAAAUGGCCACCUGGACCUGUUUGUCCGCUUCCUUCAUGGUCUCACUGUGGAGUCCAACCAGAGACUCUUAGAAGAUCUGCUGGGUCAGACAGAGAACAGUCCAGAAACCAUCCAGAGAAUCAUCACCAACCUGAAGGAGAUGAACACUAAUAGAAUCUUUCCUGACAGAAGCAUCAACAUCUUCUACUGUCUGGUGGAGAUGAACGACGUCUCAUUUUAUCAGGAGAUCCAACGGCUGCUGGAUUCAGGGAAGAAGCUCUCAGAGACUGACUGUUCAGCUCUGGCCUUCAUGCUGCAGGUGUCAGAGGUUCUGGAUGAGUUGGACCUGGAGAAGUACAACACAUCAGAUGAUGGACGACGGAGACUGUUUCCAGCUGUGAGGAACUGCAGAAAGGCUCGACUUGGUGGCUGGUGGCUCCAAAAGGAUGAAUGUGAAGUUUUGGCCUCGGCUCUGAAGUCCAACCCAGAUCUGACUGAACUGGAAAUAAAUCAGAUCAACAUAAAAAGAGGUGGAGACUCUGAUCUGAAGCCUGUGGUUGAGAUCCUGGAGAGUUCAGUCAGUAAAGUGAAGAAUCUGAGCUUGGAGGUCUGCAGGUUGUCAGAGACCAGCUGGACUUCUCUGUUCUCAGCUCUGAAGUCCAACCCAACCCAUCUGACAAGACUGGACCUGAUUGAUACCAACCUGGGAGAUUCUGUAGUGAAGGAGCUCUGUGGUUUUCUACAGACUGAAGGCUGCAGACUGGAGACAUUGAUAUUGUUGGGCUGCAGGUUGUCAAAGACCAGCUGGACUUCUCUGUUCUCAGCUCUGAAGUCCAACCCGACCCAUCUGACAGAACUGGAGCUGAUCGGAACCAACCUGGGAGAUUCUGGAGUGAAGGAGCUCUGUGGUUUUCUACAGACUGAAGGCUGCAGACUGGAGACAUUGAGUUCUUUAUUCAGAUUGUGGGACUGCAGUUUGUCAAAGAUCAGCUGUGAUUAUUUGGCCUCAACUCUGAAGUCCAACCCGACCCGUCUGACAAAACUGGACCUGAGAUUGAACAACCUGAAGGAUUCAGAUGUUCAGCAGCUGAAGAAUCUUGUAAAGACUUUAAAGUUCGAUGAUUUUGAUUAUUCUGACUUUUCCGACUGAUGAUCCCAGUAAAGUAGAAAAUGGUCUCAGUGUCCUGCUGAUCCUCAGAGGUUGAAGCUGCAGCAGUUUGAGUCUAAAGAGACUCUGACUGGAUCAUGAUGAUGACCUCUGACCUCCAAGGUUUUC